AUGGAAGUUGAUAUUCCGUCGUCGCCUAUCAAAAAAGAGAAGAAGAAAAAGAAAAUCAAGCAGGAACCGGACGCAGAGAUUGAAAAUUUGGGUGAGAUUCAGAAAUCGGGCGAUUUUCAGCUUAAACCUUCAUCUGCCAUCGCUACCUUGGACACGUCGAAAUGGCCCCUACUAUUGAAAAACUUUGACCGACUGAACGUGCGCACAAACCACUACACGCCACUGCCGUUUGGAUCGUCCCCGUUGAACCGCAAGAUCAACGAUUAUGUAGCGGCUGGGUUCAUCAAUCUGGACAAACCCUCGAAUCCGAGCUCACACGAAGUAGUAGCAUGGAUCAAGCGGAUACUGAAGGUAAACAAAACGGGUCACUCGGGCACGCUAGAUCCGAAGGUUACGGGUUGCUUGAUCGUGUGCAUUAACCGUGCCACACGCCUGGUAAAGAGCCAGCAAAGUGCCGGCAAGGAAUAUGUGGCCGUUUUCAAACUUCACUCCGCCGUGGAGAAGAUUGCCAAGGUUACCCAGGGAUUAGAGAAGCUGCGCGGUGCACUGUUCCAGCGUCCUCCGCUGAUCUCUGCCGUCAAGCGACAGUUGCGUGUGCGAACCGUGUACGACUCGAAGCUGCUGGAUUACAACGACCAAAGGAAUAUAGGCGUGUUUUGGGUAAGUUGUGAAGCCGGUUCCUACAUUCGUACGAUGUGCGUCCACCUGGGGCUCGUGCUCGGUGUCGGCGGACAGAUGCUGGAGCUUCGCCGCGUUCGUUCCGGCAUUCAGUCGGAAAAGGACGGCAUGGUGACGAUGCACGAUGUGCUCGACGCACAGUAUCUGUACGAAAAUCACAAGGACGAGUCAAUGUUACGCCGGGUGAUAAAGCCACUGGAGGGUUUGCUCGUGGGCCACAAGCGCAUCAUCAUGAAAGACAGCUCGGUGAAUGCGGUGUGCUAUGGGGCGAAGAUUUUACUGCCCGGCGUACUGCGGUACGAAGAUGGGAUCGAGAUCGAUCAAGAGAUCGUGAUCAUGACUACCAAGGGCGAGGCAAUCGCAUUGGGCAUCGCUCUAAUGACGACGGCCACCAUGGCUGGAUGCGAUCAUGGAGUCGUAGCGAAAAUUAAACGCGUCAUCAUGGAGCGCGACACAUACCCCCGCAAAUGGGGCCUCGGUCCGAAGGCUUCGAUGAAAAAGCAGUUGAUAGCCUCGGGCAAACUGGACAAGUACGGCAAACCCAAUGAAAACACACCGAAAGAUUGGCUCACGAGCUACACCGACUUUAACCGACCGGCACCGCAAACGAAUGGCAAUGGAACAGCGGCGGCCGGCGGUGACGAUAUUGCUGGUGGUAAGCGUAAACUCAGCAUUGGCGAUACGAGCAACGCGGACGAUGCGGUAUCAACGGCUGGCGAGGGAGAUAAGAAGAAGAAAAAGAAAAAGCAAAAGAAGGACACGGAAGAAGCCACGGAAGGGGCCGAUGGAGAGGCACAGUCAAUGGACCAAACGGAAGGAGUAGACGAAGAGCUAAAGAAGGAGAAAAAGAAAAAGAAAAAGAAGGAUAAAAAUGACUCUGUCCAAGAGGCGGCCGAGUAA